AUGUCUUCAGGCGGAGCGGCGCUCCAGCCGACUUUCCAGGGCCAUGUUUCCACCACCCAAGACGCCCUGAUCCUUUUCGAGGCAUGUCUACAAGGCCAUCUUUCACACGUACCGCGGAGACCUCACGACCGAGAACGAAGCAGCCUGAUUCGGAGUGGAUGUGUCUUUAUCUACGAGGAAAAUGCAUCUGGGAUCAAGAGGUGGACAGAUGGCGUCACCUGGAGUCCGAGUCGUAUACUGGGGAACUUCCUCGUCUAUCGAGAGCUCGACAGGCCAUUUCCGCCGGGAGAGAAGAAGAGGGCGAUGAAAAAGCAACAGAGGCGGCCAAGUCGCCCUGGUGAGCCUUAUGCAAGAUCCGAGACAGGCUCUUACACGGACGGUCAGUCAAAUGGUUAUUCUCAGGAGCGGACGACGUCGGCCGAGGUAGAAAGGCAACUGAUCGGUUCCUUGGUCGACUCAUACGGCUUCAAGCAGGACGGUCUGGUCAAGAAGACCAUGAGUGUGACUGUCCAAGGCGUUACCCACCAUUUGGUCAGCUAUUACCACGUCAACGAUGUCCUAAAUACCCAGCUGCGGAGGCCCUCUGAAACCGAGAGCCUCACAUACGUCCGACCACGGCUCGAGUUGACCCAAAAACAGAGCUUCCGGGCGCCCCUCGAAGAACAGAACGAAGUGGACGCGACGCAGAGCGCAUACGGCUACCGCGUGAACGGAGCUGCCUAUCCUCAGACGUCGUUCUACAUGCCUCAAAGCUAUCCGUCCGUGCCCCACCAACCCAGUCAGUCUCCUUACCCUAUAGGUGUUCCUGCCAUUUCAACGGCGUACAUGCACCCCUCAAUCACCGCCCCUCACUUGCAAGGCCCGAGAAACGACUACGGUCCCUACGAACAAGCUGGGUACAACAGAAGCUAUGAAUCACUGAACGGCGCGAUGACACCGACCUCGAAGUCUAUUCCUCCCACUCCGACAACCAUGGCCCCAAUGAUAUCAGAUCGCGCACAACCACAGGCGCCCAUGUACCCGCCAAUGAGCAUGCAACGGCCAGUCAACAGUCUGACUUCAGUGUCGGUAGAUACUCACAACACUGUGCCAUACCGACCUAGUCCUUAUCCUGUCCAUCACCCGACUCCUGCCCAGAUUGAUCAGUCCAGGCAAAGUCAGCAUUCGCCUGUCCAGGUCAAAUACGAAGACCGACGCGACCAGGCACCGCCACAAUCUCAGAUGUACCAGAGUACCAGGACCGGUUACUAUGGUGAAGCAGCCAGCCAAGUCAUGCAUCAGCCUCAAUACUCACAGCAGCCUCCAAUUCCCCAAUGGGUUGGGCAGGGUCAUAGUGCGUAG